AUGUUGACCGAAAAACUUCAAUCACUAGCGAUCGGAAAACCCGAAUACGAGAUUUACGAGCUCGGAGAUUUCAAACUUCAAAGCAAUACUAUACUCCCUGGGGCAUGGAUUGCUUAUAAAACUUUCGGGUCGCCAGAUUCGCCUGCGAUCCUGUAUCCAUCAUGGUACUCUGGACUGAUUGCUGACAACGAGUGGCUUAUUGGUGAAGACAAGGCUCUGAAUCCUAAAGAAUAUUUCAUUAUUAUCACGGGUCUGUUCGGAAACGGACAGUCAAUUUCUCCUUCAAAUUCUACGGUAUCGCCAUUUCCAGAUAUCACUGUCUACGACAAUGUUCGAGCACAACACCAGCUUUUGACGCAGAGGCUAGGCGUCCAUCAUCUCCGUUGUGUAACUGGUUGGUCUAUGGGUGCCGGGCAGUCUUUCCAAUGGGCUUCGCAAUAUCCUGAAUUUAUGGAUAUCUGUGUUCCGUUUUGCGGGUCUGCCCGAACAUCCAUCCAUAACCAAGUCUUUCUGGAAGGUGUGAAGUCUGCACUUCUGGCAGGCAAGGGUGUUUCGUCAGCUGGGAGUACAUCUGGCCGCGUAGAGGAGAGGGGCGCCGAAAAGCGUGUUUGGACAGAAGAAGAGCGAACCGUAGGACUCAAGGCAUUUGCUCGUGUAUAUGCAGGUUGGGGAUUUAGUCAGGCCUUCUAUCGAGAGAAGUUGCAUAUGACAGCCUACGGAGCCAAAGAUCUAGAACACUUUAUGGUCACCUUUUGGGAGAAGUGGGCCCUUGAAAAGGAUCCAGAAAAUCUGCUCGUUAUGCUACAUACUUGGCAAGUGGCAGAUAUAAGCGCUCAGGAGCCAUACCACGGAGAUUUCGAGAAGGCGUUGCGCAGCAUCAAAGCAAAGACAUUGGUGCUGCCCGGGAAAACAGAUCUAUACUUUCCACCGGAAGACUCCGAGUACGAGGUACAUAACAUGGCGCCGGGUGUUGGAGAACUCGAUGUUUAUCCGUCCAUCUGGGGCCAUUGGGCUGGUGGCCCACCCGGAAAUAUGGAAGACGUCAAAUGGUUGGACCAAAGGCUUAAACGGAUGCUGGAAGACGCUCCAAAAAUGGGUACUACCGCAUAG